AUGCUGGUCAAGAUGCUCAAGCCAUGGACGCUCCUGACCCUGCGCUUGGACUGGCUGUGGUCGCCCGACGCGCUCUUGCAGGUGCUCAUCUUGCGGCCACUGGAGUUGUACGAGCAUGUAGCCAUCUUGCCCGUGAGCUUCCUCCGUCGCCACGUGCCAGUGGUGGGUGGUGCGCUCGUGGUGCUCUUGACGCUGCACGGCAUUCUCUUGCGGCUGUUCCUCGAGCUGCUGCGCGCUGUUCUUGCGCGUGUGGCGUACACGAGCAAUCCCGUGAUGACGUUUCGCAAUUUCUGGCUCGCCAUGCAGGAUUUCUAUGCGUUUCUGCAGCCCAGACGCGUCGAUUGGCAGCUCGUGCAGCAGCUCUUUGGUGACACCAUGCAGCCGUCCACGAGCGACGAAGACCUGUGGAUUGCCCUGCAGGAAAGCGUGUCCCUAUGUGAUGACCCGUCGCUUGCUGUCUCGCGUGUCGCUGCGCCUGCAUCAGGGUCUUUAGGAUCGAGGACCGUGACAGCACGAGGACGACCGCUGCCCACUGCAGCAGCGCUGCGAUACCAGCAGCAGACAUUGUCGGCUAUGAAGAGCCGACACUUGACACAAGGUGGACGCACACUGGCAAACGACCGCUUUGUGUGUGGUAUUUUGAACGCCGAGACGUGCCCAGGGUGGAGGAUUGGGUACAUUUGCCUGACUGCCAUGCAAGGCUUUGUCGAGUUUUCACUGCCGAGAGUCGACGUGCUGAUGCCGUCGUGGGCAAAAGAAGUGUCGACAGGCAAUCAUGGUGGUGCAGGUUCGACGCAGGUGCCACCUGGUGGAGUCGAGAAGUUAGGGGGAAUGGGCCGAGGCGGAGCUAUGGCAGGCUCUUCCAUAACUGUACCUGAGAUUUAUGACUUGGAGUCCAUGCGCUGGUCGCUAGAAGCGAUCUUGCUGGGCCUUGGCGACGUAGACGGACUGAUGUUGGAUUUGCGUUUCAAUCAAGGUGGAGGUUCGCACGUCGCGGCGCUGACUGUGGCGUCAUUCUUUGCUAGCGAGACCAAAGCAGCACUGGCCUUUUCUACGGACGAGAAACUGCCAGGUGCCACGCUUAAGUUCUCGAAGAGAAAGAAGUACUACAUUCCGUACACGACGCGUUGCCUCCGCUACCGUGGUCCACUUGCCGUGCUGCAGAGCCAAUACACUCGCGGUACGGCAGAGCUCUUGUGUCUGUCUCUGAUGCAACGACCGCGCACUUGCCGCGUCGGUGCCGCUACUGCCGGUAGCCUGUCGCCUACGCGCCAGUUGCGUUUGCCAAACUACUGGACUGUUGAGAUUCCGCAUCAGCGUGUAUUCGGUGCUGAUGACGUGCUGUACGAAGGCGUGGGUAUUCCACCCACGACGAGUGUGCCUGACAUGGAGAUAACACUGCCGCACUCGACCAACGACGAUUCGCCGAAGAAUCACGAUGUGGCUCCACUAGCUACGUCGCGUGCUGCUUUUGACCCUUGUGUGAGGAAGGCAAUCGAUUACAUUAUAAAUGUUUGA